AUGGCGGACCACCAGGACGAGGACUCGUCGUCCUACAUCGACUACGAGACCUUCAUUGCGCCCGACUUCAAUGCUGCGGCGUUUGCGAAUACCCUCGUCGUCUCAACCAACAAUCCAAACGAUUCUCCCCUCGAUCUGUCCACACCGUUGUCCCGAGUCCUCUUCGAUGCACAAGAGGUCGACUCCCGAAUCGACCUCCUCACCUCGCGGUCGGCCGUCCCUCUGUUGAAAUAUACACAGGAACAGACCAGUUCCAGUCGCCGGAUCCUCUCCGAGCUCGACAACCAGAUCAAGAGCCUCAAUGAUAGCUAUAGGCAGCUCGAGAAGGAAGUCAUUGACAAGCAUGCCGAGGCCGAUGAGGUGCGUCAGGUGGCCCUUCGUCUCUGGGAGACCCUCCGACUAGGGAGGGCCGUGGGCAGGUGCCUCCAGCUCGGUAGGCAGCUCGAGGUCCAAUACUCGGAGCUUGGGAGAUCCGGCAAAGACGCCGACUACACAGCCAUGGUGCGAUGCUCCCACACCAUCCUCCAGCUGAGGGAGGUCCUGGACAAGAAGGCUCCUGGCGAAGAAGGUCACGGGCUGUCUCGUGUGGAUGCGAUCCGCAGCCUGCAAGACACGGUUAUUGCCCCCGCCGAGCGCAAUGUCCGCGAGUCGGCCGAGCGAACGAUUCGCGAAUUCUCCAUGCCCACCUCCAUGACCUUUGCCCAGGGCGACGAAGCCCGCUCGCGCAUGGUCUGCGCCAUGAUCACGCUGUAUCUCCUCUCCCCUACUGUCGGCAUCGACCUUGAAAAGUGGAAGCCGCGCCUCCUCCUCCAGGCGCUCGAGGCCUACAUCCGCCUCGCCCUCCAGACAGGCACGGCGACUCUGGCAAGGUCGCUAGGGCAGCUCCCUACCUUGGAAAAGUCCCUGGUCGAGGUCUCCGCCAAGUGCCAGAAUAUUGUAGCGCUCGAAAUCAUCCUCGAGGCUACCAAAGCGCCCGCCCAUCCCCUACUACCCAAGACGUUGGAGUUAAAACAGCCAUCCCUCCUCCAGUCCUUGCUCUCCCAUCUCGAGACAGGCUCGCUACCCUCCUAUUACUGGCGGACAAUGGCGAGCAGCUUAAGCGGGCGGGUUCAAGAAAUUAUGAACCGUGGCGGUGUGGUGGCCAGGAACCUGAAAAGCAACAAGGUCAAUUUGGGUGAGCACAUCCGGCAUGCAGUCAUCAAGGGCUGCCUGACACCACCCGCUCUCUCUACGAUCAAGGACAAGGAGAAGACGCAGGUGAACCUGGACCGGGAGGUCGCUGUCAUGGUGGCAAGCGUCGUUAAUAGCAUUGGUAGAUGA